AUGUAUAGUACGUGGUUAACUCACCCGCACAUUAUGUUGGUAUGUACAGUAACUCUCCAUAAAGAGGCGUCAUCUUCCAGAAGUCUUCAGCGUGAUUCACGUUUUCGUUUCGCUCAUUUUAUCGACCAUCUUUUUCACAUUCUUGAUGUACCUGAGCUUGAAUCCAUUCAUGUCAGGGAUCGAAGAGUUUGUCUGCUUUAUUGUCUAAGAGAUAAGCGAUGUUUCUCAACAAACCUUGCUGCUAAACCUGAUAUCAAUGGUAACUAUGUUUGUGAGCUGCUUCCCACAGACAAGUAUAACGCUUCUGACAGCUUUAAACCAAGUCAACACUUUAAUCACUACAGUGCCAAGGUAUCGCAUACGCCAUUUUGCUUUUUUAUAAGUUUUAUUUAUUACAGUAAUGAUAAUGACUUCCCUUAAUUUCAUGAUUCGGCAAUCGCUGCGGUAAGAUAACAUUACCCACUUCAAAAAAACAAUUUUGAAUAAGGUAUUCUGACCUGAUCGAACGGGUCAGUGGCGAAAUAUUUUCAUGUGAUAGUUGUAUAGCCUCGCUAUACAAUUUGCGUGGUUCCAUACGUGGUCGAUUGAAUUAUUUCAAUUCCAACAUGAGAGGAAGCAAAACACUGAAUACAUCAGAAAAAAACUUCCACACCAAAAGCAAAUAUUUUGGUAAAGAAAGCGCAACAAAACUUCAAAUGUUUCUUCACAGACUCCAUGUUUAUCGAACCCCUGCCAGAAUAACGGCAGCUGUCGAGCUUUGUAUUACCUCGAACAUUUCUGGUGUGAGUGUCUUCCAAAUUACUCUGGCAGAUAUUGUGGUGAGUUUAAAUGAGGUCUGCUUAAGCCGCAGUGUUGUAUUUUGAUGUCCUUUCUUUUUUUCAGCAAUUAGUUUAUGAGAUGUUCAACACGUUGUUCUUUAAAUGUUCUCCCAUGGACAUGACUAUCAGAAAAAGUAGAAUAUAUCAUCAAAGGUUGAACGGCUACUGAGGCACUUACGUUAAAGCGACAAAUUGAGCUAAGGGAACUUGAAUAAUCGCAAGACAUCUCAGAACAGGUGCAUGUUUGAUGAGGUAGUAAUAUGUCCUUAUCAUCAUUAUUUUCCUUUCUCGUAGAGAAAUGGCUGGUUGAACUACCUUACAAUGUUUGCAUGUAUGGAUUAAGCGAUAGACCGGGAGUAUUCUUCACACAUUUGGCCGGUAAAAUCUAUUUUAUAAGGCUUGUUCACAUCUCUGGUUCUGUGGGUUGUGCGAUUAGGCAAAAAGCGAACUGGGGUUGUCAUUCGAACAUCGGAACCAUUCUCACAGAUAAAGAUAAAAACGUUGUUUACCCAGAAGAUCAGAGAGCUCGUGCUUACCAGCUCUUUGGAUUUUCAAAGAAUUCCCCUGAACUGAUGCUAAAAUUCACCACUCCACUGGUGGUAGCCGCUGGUCAGGAAUAUCAGGUGUGGUUUUUGGAGGACCUAACUGACAUUUACGAAGGCAAUAACAACCCUGGACCAUCCUGCAUGAAGGUCAUUUAUUUGUUCAGCUUAUGA